GUUAAAAGAAAAACGAGGGCCGCUGCUGUAACUUGUAUGAGACAUUUGAUUUCUCAUGACAUCAUAUGAUAUCUGUCAGGUAAAAGGCACAUUUGAUGCAUAGCAUUAAUUAUAUCGCUUACAGCACCUUUCUUUAACAGUUUCUGACUGUUUUUUCCUCACAGAACGCGAAGGAACUUUGAACAGGUUCUUUCAUAACUCCACCUUCGCAGCACUAAAAGCUCAUGCGUGACUUACUCUGAAGUAUCUGCGGUAAACCACACCAAACGUCCAAACUUUAAGUGUCAACAACAGUCUGCAUGAUAAAAUAAGGAUUAGAAAGAAACCGCUUCCACCCUUGUAAAGAUGUCUAAUUUUGAUGAACUUCUGCAACAUGCUGGCGAUUUCGGGUUGUAUCAGAAGAGAAUCUCUCUUUUAGGUUCUUUGCCUAUUUUGCUGCUCGCAUUUGUGCUAAUAGGAGUUGUAUUCUUAGGAUAUACGCCAGAUCACUGGUGUAAAAGUACGGGUCUCCAGGAAGAAUGUGGUUUCUCUGAAGAGCAGGUGCGGGAUCUAACAGUUCCCCACACUGGCUCACGCGGCGCGUUUAGUAAAUGUGUGAAGUUUGACGCGCUUUGGAACGGGAGCGCGCUCUCCUGUAAUGUCUCCGUCGACCGGUCCAUGUUUACCAACAGCACUCAUCUAUCCUCCUGUAAUGAAGGAUGGACCUUUUAUGAGAACCGGACCACCAUUGUAACAGAGUUUUCAUUGGUUUGUGAAGACUCCUGGCUUGCAGAUCUGAAUCAGGUAUCCUUAGCUGGAGGGUUCUUUAUAGGUGCCCUAGUGACUGGAUACCUAGCUGACAGGUUUGGAAGGAAAUCAUGUUUUAUUGCAUCUAUAUUUGGCCUUGGAGUCUCUGGGAUAUGUAUUAUUUUUUCUCCUUAUUACCCCCUGCUCCUGUUCUUCCGAUUUUUGCAAGGUUUUUUUGCCAAAGGAGCAUGGUCUGCCACAUAUGUGUUAAUUAUCGAAUUUUUUGGAUCAAACAACAGGAAAUUUGUCUCCGUUAUGUCCCGUACUCUGUACUCGUUGGGUUUGGUGCUCCUUCCUGCUCUCGCGUAUUACAUUCCUUCAUGGAAAAACCUACAGCUGGCCAUGACUCUACCAACAUUCAUCUUUCUGGUCUAUCACUGGGUUAUUCCAGAGUCUCCCAGAUGGUUACUGUCACAAAGGAAGACAAAAGAAGCUAUAAAUAUUAUCGAAAGCAUUGCCAAGUGCAAUAAAAGAUCACUUCCUGAAGACUUUCAAGAGAUGGAUCUUCUGAUAGAAAAACAAGAAGAAAUCAUGCACCCUUCAUUUAAAGAUUUAUUUAAGACUCCUAAAAUGAGGAAGCACACCCUCAUCUUGAUAUAUGCAUGGUUUACUGGUGCAGUGGUGUUCCAGGGUUUGGUGUUACGUUUAGGAAUCACAGGGGAUAAGGUUUUCCUGGAUUUUCUCAUCUCAGCUGUGGUGGAGCUUCCAACUGGAAUUAUAUUUUAUUUCUUAGUUGACCGAAUUGGCAGACGUCCCCUCAUGGCUACAGUCAAUUUUAUUGGAGGUGCCGCUUGUUUGACUGUACCAUUUAUUUCACCAAAUAUUUCCUGGCUCAGAAGAACCAUUGCAAUUAUAGGAAGACUGGCUGUUGCCAUUGGGAAUGAGACUGUGAAUUUUGCCAAUGCAGAAAUGUAUCCAACACCGCUCAGAAACUUGGGUGUAUCUGUGUGCUCUUCAGCCAGUGACAUUGGGGCAGUUGUUGCUCCAUUUAUUCUGUACAGAUUAGCUAGUAUUUGGCAAGAACUUCCCCUGUUUGUCUAUGGGGCCAUGUCUGUUCUGUACAGUGGACUAGUGAUGCUUUUACCAGAAAUGAAAGGCGUUGAUCUCCCAGAAACUGUGGAUGACGUGGAAAAUAUGAGUAGCAGGUACAAACACAAGGAAAAAGAUGGUGCUCAGUUUCCUGAAAUAACUAUUGUUCAGAUGGAAGCUAUUGAGAGAACAUCCCAGAAGUGAUUUUCAAUCACAAACAAUAAAUGUAAUCAUAUCUGUGGUUAAUAACAUGUUCAACACUGUAAUAUUACCAUAAUGUUAUAUAUGCAAUAUGCAUACAAGAGAAAAUCUGAAAGUAUUGUUGCCUUCAUUUGCCUUUAGACAAUACAUUUUUAAAUAUGAUAAAGCUUUUCUUUUAAAGCUUUAUUUGCUUAUUUUUCUUUUGUUCAUUAAAUGUGUUUCCUCGUAU